AUGGAGCUUGCCAUAUCUGCAGUAACAGGUGAACUCGUGAGCCGAUUCAUCUCCUUCCUUGCUGACAAGUAUCGCUCGCCCCACCGCGCAGAGUUGGAAGAGAAGCAGUUGAAGAGGCUGCACCAACUUCUGCUGAGAGCCCGCACAGUCGUCGAAGAGGCAGAUAGGCGGUACAUCACCAACUCCGGUAUGUUGGCGCAGCUCACCAUGCUCGCCGACGCCAUGUACCGAGGCUACUGGGCACUUGGGGCGUCCGGGUACAUGUCGCUCGAAGAGACAGAGACUACUCCCGUGGAGGAGGAGGAUGUGGGGGAAGUUCGCAACUCGUCUCCUCCCAAACGUCUCUGCAUGGUUCGUGGCAACGCUAGGACGAACAAGUCUAUGUACCUUGUCGACUUGCAAGGCGAGGUGGAGAGCUUGGAGGAUGUAGUCGCCGACAUGAUGGAGUUCGUUGUUCUUUUGGGCGGGUGCGAACGUAUGCUGCGUCGACCAUACGACACAUACCUUUACAGUGACAACAUCAUGUUCGGACGCCACGCCGAGAAGCAAAAACUCCUGAACUUCAUGCUAUGGCACAGCUCAAACUCGCCCGGUGGUGCUCCGGCUGUUCUCCCGGUCAUCGGUGCUCCUGCAAUCGGGAAGAGGACUCUCGUUGCCCAUGUAUGCAAGGACCAAAGGGUCAGUUCACACUUCUCUUCGAUUCUGCACCUGAAUGGAGAUUCCUUCUGUAGAUUUGCAGACCAUGGUAGUCUCAUGUCAGGGAGGAUACUUGUAGUUGUUGAGCUUGUUUCAGAGGUCGACCAGGAGGACUGGGACAGGUUCCGUUCAACCGUAGGAACAAGCAUGGACAGUGGAAGCAAGGUGAUCAUCAUCAGUCGGCUUAAAAGUUCAGAGCGGCUCGGAACGGCGGAGCCAAUCUUCCUCACCACCCUGUCGUACGAGGAGUUCAGCUACCUUUUCAAGACACUCGCAUUCGGGAGCGCAAACCCCAUGCAGCACCCGCGGCUGGCACGGAUUGCAGACGAACUAGCCAGGGAGUUUCGGACAGAAUGGUCACUCAUCGCAACGAACAUGUUAACGGAUGUAAUGAGAAGGAAUCUGGAUGUCCGUUUCUGGCUCGGCAUGCAGAGCAGGCUGAGAAAAUAUGUGGAGAGGAACUUGUCCAUGUUUGGGGAGCACCCGAGGUUGCUCGUUGAGAGACGCCACCAUAUAGACUUUACAGACUUUGUCUCGCAUCCUGCUUCUCCACUCCGCAUCCUGCUUUCCAGUACCAGUGGCAGCAGCCGCACUGAAGUUACGGUGGAAAGGGAAUUGCUACCAAGGGUGAGGCUUGGGGAUCUUGUGAUGGAUCCUGAAAUUAGGCCACAAGGGGAUUUCAAUGUGGUUACAUGGGAUUCAAGGUUGCCACCUUACACCUUGUUUGUCCAUUUUGUUCCAAAUGGAAAUGGUGCUCCAGGUGUGUCAGAACAGAGUACUCCCCUGUCUGGGAGGAAGCGCCCAGCAGUGCAUUUGUAA